AUGGAGACAAUAAGACUUCUUAGCCUUGAAGAGAAAAUCGGACUUACCUUACCGCAAUUUCUUCGCCAAUAUCACGAUAUUGGCGCACGAACCUGGUAUCGCGGCGUAAACGCAAAGAGGAAUGCCUCUUUGCGCGGGACCUCGCCCUAUUUUGGCCUUGAUUUCGCUAGCCACAUCACCACAGGUAUCUACCAGUGGCAGAAUCAUCUGAUCUUAAGAACAUUCUUUGUGGGAUGGAUGGGACGUUUGAUCGGAUGA